UCCCACCCAAUGGCUUAAUUUUUAGCCCCCAAGGUACUGCCAGGGUUUUCCAGCAGGGGGCGGUCUCUGGGGGCCCUCCCCGAGCCUGUCCACCUCUAUAUAGGGAGGUUGCAAAGGCAGGGAAGCUUUGGUCUGCCGCCCCAGCUGCUAGCAGCACCAGUUCCGAACUCUUCAAAUCCACUUUCUGCUUUCCCAGUUGGACCUCUGUGCCCACUAAGCCAAAAUGGCACAGAAAGGCCAGCUGAGCGAUGACGAGAAGUUCCUCUUUGUGGACAAAAAUAUCCUCAGCAGCACCGUGGCCCAGGCGGACUGGUCGGCGAAGAAGCUUGUGUGGGUCCCGUCGGAGAAACAUGGCUUCGAGGCGGCGAGCGUUAAGGAGGAAAAAGGGGACGAGGUGCUGGUGGUGCUGGCUGAGAAUGGGAAGAAGGCAACUUUUAGCAAGGAUGACAUCCAGAAGAUGAACCCGCCCAAGUUCUCCAAGGUGGAGGACAUGGCUGAGCUGACCUGCCUCAAUGAAGCCUCUGUCCUGCACAACCUCCGCGAGAGAUACUUCUCUGGCCUCAUCUACACUUACUCAGGUCUCUUCUGCGUGGUAGUAAACCCUUACAAGCAGCUGCCCAUCUACUCUGAGAAAAUUAUCGACAUGUACAAAGGGAAGAAACGUCACGAGAUGCCCCCCCAUAUUUACGCUAUCGCUGACACAGCAUACAGGAGUAUGAUGCAAGAUCGAGAAGACCAAUCCAUUCUUUGCACAGGGGAGUCUGGCGCUGGGAAAACAGAAAACACCAAGAAAGUCAUUCAGUACUUGGCUGUCGUGGCCUCUUCUCACAAGGGCAAGAAAGACACCAGCAUCACGCAAGGUCCAUCUUUUGCUUACGGUGAGCUGGAAAAACAGCUUCUCCAGGCAAACCCCAUCCUUGAAGCUUUUGGGAAUGCCAAAACCGUGAAGAACGAUAACUCCUCCCGAUUCGGCAAAUUCAUCCGCAUCAACUUUGAUGUAACCGGCUACAUCGUUGGAGCGAACAUAGAAACCUAUUUGCUGGAAAAGUCCCGUGCUAUUCGGCAAGCCCGAGAGGAGAGGACUUUCCACAUAUUUUACUAUUUGCUUGCUGGAGCCACUGAAGAAAUGAAGAAUGAACUGCUGCUUGAAGGUUUCAACAACUAUACUUUCCUGUCAAAUGGCUACGUGCCCAUUCCCUCUCAGCAAGACGAUGAAAUGUUCCAGGAGACGCUGGAAGCGAUGACUAUUAUGGGCUUCAGUGAAGAAGAGCAAAUUGCGAUGCUGAAAGUCGUCUCAUCUGUUCUCCAGCUUGGUAAUAUUGUCUUCAAGAAAGAGAGGAAUACCGACCAAGCUUCAAUGCCGGACAACACAGCUGCACAAAAGGUGUGUCACCUUAUGGGUAUAAACGUGACAGAUUUCACCCGGGCAAUCCUGACCCCAAGAAUCAAGGUCGGGCGAGAUGUCGUUCAGAAAGCUCAGACCAAAGAACAGGCUGAUUUUGCAAUAGAGGCCUUAGCCAAAGCAACUUAUGAACGUCUCUUCCGUUGGAUUCUGAGCCGGGUGAACAAAGCCCUCGACAAGACCAAGAGACAAGGGGCAUCCUUCCUAGGAAUCCUCGACAUCGCUGGGUUUGAGAUUUUUGAGGUGAACUCUUUUGAGCAGCUGUGUAUCAAUUACACCAAUGAGAAACUCCAGCAGCUUUUCAACCACACCAUGUUCAUUCUGGAGCAGGAAGAAUACCAGCGGGAGGGCAUCGAGUGGAACUUCAUUGAUUUUGGCCUUGAUCUGCAGCCUUGCAUUGAGCUCAUUGAAAGACCGAAUAACCCUCCCGGUGUCUUGGCCUUGCUGGAUGAGGAGUGCUGGUUCCCGAAAGCUACAGACACCUCCUUUGUGGAGAAAUUAGGUUCAGAACAAGGCAACCACCCCAAGUUCCAAAAGCAGAAGCAACUCAAGGACAAAACGGAGUUCUCUAUCAUCCAUUACGCAGGAAAGGUUGACUACAACGCAAGUGCCUGGCUGACCAAGAACAUGGAUCCCUUGAACGAUAACGUGACAGCCUUACUAAAUCAGUCCUCUGAGAAGUUUGCGGCAGAUCUCUGGAAAGAUGUGGACCGCAUUGUGGGGCUGGAUCAGAUGGCCAAGAUGACAGAGAGUUCCCUCCCGAGCGCUUCCAAGACCAAAAAGGGCAUGUUCCGGACAGUCGGGCAGCUGUACAAGGAACAGCUGACGAAGCUCAUGACCACCCUGAGGAACACAAGCCCCAACUUCGUCCGCUGCAUCAUCCCAAACCACGAGAAAAGGGCAGGGAAACUAGAUGCCCACUUAGUGUUGGAGCAACUGAGGUGCAACGGUGUUUUGGAGGGGAUCCGGAUCUGUCGCCAGGGCUUCCCUAACAGAAUCGUCUUCCAGGAAUUUCGCCAGCGCUAUGAAAUACUUGCUGCAAACUCUAUUCCAAAAGGAUUUAUGGAUGGGAAGCAGGCGUGUAUACUUAUGAUCAAAGCCCUGGAACUUGAUCCCAACCUGUACAGGAUCGGGCAGAGCAAGAUCUUCUUCAGAACCGGUGUCUUGGCUCAUUUGGAGGAGGAGAGAGACCUGAAGAUCACAGACAUCAUCAUCACUUUCCAGGCUCAAAGUCGAGGUUACCUGGCAAGAAAGGCUUUUGCCAAGAGGCAGCAGCAAUUGACUGCCAUGAAGGUCAUCCAGCGAAACUGCGCCGCUUACCUGAAGCUGAGGAACUGGCAGUGGUGGAGGCUCUUCACCAAAGUGAAGCCUCUGCUGCAGGUCACCCGGCAAGAAGAAGAAAUGCAGGCUAAAGAUGAAGAGCUCAAGACGGUGAUGGAAAGGCAAGUCAAGGCGGAGGGCGAACUGAAAGACCUGGAGCAGAAGUAUGGCCAGCUGUCUGAAGAAAAGAACGUGCUUCAGGAGCAGCUCCAGGCCGAAACGGAGCUGUACGCGGAGGCCGAGGAGAUGAGGAUCCGCCUGGCUGCAAAGAAGCAGGAGCUGGAGGAAAUCCUGCACGAGAUGGAGGCCCGGAUCGAGGAAGAGGAAGAGCGGGGGCAGCAGUUACAGGCUGAGAAGAAAAAGAUGCAGCAGCAAAUGCUGGAACUUGAGGAUCAGCUAGAAGAAGAGGAAGCUGCAAGGCAAAAGCUGCAGCUGGAGAAAGUCACUGCGGAGGCCAAGAUCAAAAAGAUGGAAGAUGACAUCCUGGUGAUGGACGACCACAACAAUAAACUCUCCAAGGAAAGAAAACUCCUUGAGGAGAGGAUAAGCGACUUGACGACCAACCUUGCAGAAGAGGAAGAGAAAGCCAAGAACCUGACGAAGCUGAAGAACAAGCACGAGUCUAUGAUUUCUGAACUGGAAGUCCGUCUGAAGAAGGAAGAGAAAUGCCGGCAAGAACUGGAGAAGAUGAAGCGGAAGCUCGAGGGGGACUCCAGCGACCUCCAUGAGCAGAUCGCCGACCUCCAAGCCCAAAUUGCCGAGCUGAAGAUGCAGCUGGCCAAAAAGGAGGAGGAGCUCCAGGCAGCCCUGGCCAGGCUUGAAGAUGAAACAGGUCAAAAAAACAACGCCCUGAAGAAAAUCCGUGAGUUGGAAGCCCACAUCUCUGACCUCCAAGAGGACCUGGAUUCUGAGCGGGCUGCAAGGAACAAAGCUGAGAAGCUGAAGCGGGAUCUCGGCGAGGAGCUGGAGGCUCUUAAGACGGAACUAGAAGACACGCUGGACAGCACAGCCACCCAGCAAGAGCUCAGAGCAAAGCGGGAGCAGGAGGUGACCGUCUUGAAGAGAGCGCUGGAAGAGGAGACCCGGACACACGAAGCUCAGGUCCAGGAGAUGAGGCAGAAACACACGCAGACCGUCGAAGAGCUAACGGAACAGCUGGAGCAAUUCAAACGGGCCAAAGCCAACCUGGACAAGACCAAGCAGACUCUGGAGAAGGACAACGCCGACCUGAGCAGCGAGGUCCGGUCGCUCAACCAGGCCAAGCAGGAGGUGGAAUACAAGAAGAAGAAGCUGGAAGGACAGUUGCAGGAGCUGCAGUCCAAGUUCGCCGAUGGGGAGCGCGUCCGGAUGGAGCUGAAUGAAAAAGUCCACAAGCUGCAGGCAGAGGUUGAAAACGUGACGGGGUUCCUGAACGAAGCAGAGAGCAAGACCAUCAAGCUGACCAAGGAUGUUGCCACUCUGGGAUCUCAGCUGCAGGACACUCAGGAGCUGCUCCAGGAGGAAACCCGCCAGAAGCUCAACUUGUCCACAAAGCUUCGGCAGAUGGAGGAUGAGAAGAACGGCCUCCAGGACCAGCUGGAGGAAGAGGUGGAGGCGAAACAGAAUCUGGAGAGGCACAUUUCGACACUGAACGUGCAGCUCUCAGACUCCAAAAGGAAGCUUCAGGAGUACAUCGGCACCAUUGAAAGCAUGGAGGAAGGGAAGAAGAAGCUCCAGAAGGAAAUCGAAGGCCUCACGCAGCAGUUUGAGGAAAAAGCUGCUUCAUACGACAAACUGGAAAAAACCAAGAACAGGCUUCAGCAGGAGCUGGAUGACCUGGUGGUCGACUUGGACAACCAACGCCAGCUGGUGUCCAGCUUGGAGAAGAAGCAGAAGAAGUUCGACCAGAUGCUAGCAGAAGAGAAGAACAUCUCUUCCAAAUACGCCGAAGAAAGAGACCGUGCGGAGGCUGAAGCCAGAGAGAAGGAGACAAAGGCUCUGUCGCUCGCCCGUGCUCUGGAGGAAGCCCUGGAAGCCAAAGAGGAACUUGAGCGAACCAACAAAUUGUUGAAAGCAGAGAUGGAAGAUCUUGUGAGCUCCAAAGAUGACGUCGGCAAGAACGUCCACGACCUGGAGAAAUCCAAGCGGGCUUUGGAGCAGCAGGUGGAAGAGAUGAAGACGCAGCUGGAGGAGCUGGAGGAUGAGCUCCAGGCGACGGAAGACGCCAAGCUGAGGCUGGAGGUGAACAUGCAGGCCCUGAAAGGCCAGUUUGAAAGAGACUUGCAGGCCAGAGACGAGCAGAACGAAGAGAAGAGGAGGCAGCUUCAGAAGCAGCUCCACGAGCUGGAAGUGGAACUGGAGGAUGAGCGCAAGCAGCGAGGCCUGGCUGCCGCGGCCAAAAAAAAAUUGGAGGUGGACAUCAAGGAUCUGGAAGGCCAGCUGGACUCUGCCAACAAGUCCCGGGAAGAAGCCAUCAAGCAACUGCGGAAGCUCCAGGCUCAGAUGAAGGACUUUCAGCGUGAAUUGGACGAUGCCCGGGCUUCCCGAGAGGAAGUCUUCGCCACGGCCCGAGAAAACGAGAAGAAGGCCAAGAAUCUGGAGGCUGAGCUGAUGCAACUUCAAGAGGAUUUGGCAGCUGCAGAUCGGGCACGAAAGCAAGCUGAGCAGGAGAAGGACGACCUGGCUGAAGAGCUGGCAAGUUCCGCUUCUGGGAGGACGAGCCUCCAAGAUGAGAAGCGACGCCUGGAAGCAAGGAUCUCCCAACUGGAGGAAGAGAUGGAGGAGGAGCAGAGCAACAUGGAGGCGAUGAGUGAUCGCUUCCGGAAGGCUGUCCAGCAAUCUGAGCAGUUGAACAAUGAGCUGGCAUCGGAACGUGCCACGGCCCAGAAGAACGAAAGCGCCCGGCAGCAGCUGGAGAGGCAGAACAAGGAGUUGAAGUCAAAACUGCAGGAAAUGGAAGGUGCUGUCAAGUCCAAGUUCAAGACCACAAUCACAGCCUUGGAAGCCAAAAUUGGGCAGCUGGAAGAACAGCUGGAACAGGAAUCCAGAGAAAAGCAAGUAGCAGCAAAGACUCUGCGCCAGAAGGACAAAAAGCUCAAGGAGGUGCUGCUGCAGGUUGAGGACGAAAGGAAGCAGGCGGAACAGUACAAAGAUCAGGCUGACAAGGGCAGCUCUCGCGUCAAACAGCUGAAGAGGCAGCUGGAGGAGGCAGAAGAGGAAUCCCAGCGCAUCAACGCAAGCCGCAGGAAGCUACAACGGGAGCUGGAUGAGGCCACGGAGAGCAAUGAAACCAUGGGCCGGGAGGUGACUGCCUUGAAGAACAAACUCAGGCGGGGGAACGAGCCAGCCUCCUUUGCCCCUUCACGCCGAUCGGGGGGUGGUGGCGGCGGCGGCGGCGGCGGCCGGCGUGUGAUCGAAAACGCCGAAGGAUCCGAGGAGGAAGUGGAUGGCCGCGAUGGGGAUUUCAACGGAACAAAAGCCAGUGAAUGAUGAUGAUGAUACUAAAAAGCCACGCUUGCUGAUUUUCAUUCUGCACCAAACUAAAUGAGUUUAUUUUUAAAAGGAGGGGCAAUUGUAGCACUGUAUGCCGCUUGAAUGAUCCCAAAGCCACCACCACCCACCUCCCGGCAUCGAUGAUUGCACAGCAGCCUUUUAAUCCAGUUUAUACACCAACACUCCUAGCUGUUGCAGAAUUACUAUUUCCCCCCCCCCAGGUGUUACGCCGGAGUGAUUGCAUUUGACUGAGGGCGAAAGGCAACACUGUGGUGUGAGCGAAAAGCCAACAGCCGGACAGAAACCCAUUUGGCCUUUUUUCUAAUCUUGCUACCCCAUCAUUUCCUCUCCUUAACUCAGUUUCAGGUACAGUCACACACACCCCCCCCGGAUUCUGCACCCCUCCCACCCAGUUCACAGGAUCAAAGUGCCUUUCUUCAUCACUUCUUUUUUUUGAAAAAUGAAAAAGUCAUAAACUGCUGUUGUUUUCAACGAAUUUCGUGCUUAAAAACACACUAAUAA